AGCCAAACAUGCCCGAAAUCUGAGGAUGUAGAACCGGAGAUGAAGAACUUGAAAGCGCAGCGAUGAACACCAAUUUAAAGAAACCCUAAUCGAUUUCAGUUUCUUUGAACCAAUUUGGAGUUGCUAGGUUUUCUGUAUGAAAAUGUGAUUUUGUUUUAUGUGGCUUUGUUAAUUUACAUAACUAUGUGAUGCUUUUAGUACGAAUUGUAGGUUUUUAGGAACAAGAUCCAGUAAUCGGUUUAAGUCAUACGAAGGCAUCAGCUAUGAUGUCAUCAUUGCUAAUCAUAGCUUCUCAAACGGCUGUAUAUUGGUGAAGAAAUUAGCACAAGACUACCCAAAUGUGAUGUUGCCUUUGGGUUGGCAAACAGAAGGUUAUACCCUGUCCACAGGCCUGUAGGAGACAAGUCUUUCAGUUCAGAAGAGACAUAUAUGAUGCACUUUGCUAGAAUCAACAUUAGUGGAACCAACAUUAUUACUCUGAAGCAACCGUUGAUGCAAUUCUUUCCUGGCCAUUUUUGCUCAUACACAGGCUGCUUCCUAUCCAACCUUUGGGUUGCAUAUGCUUUUGUAGCAGGAUUGGUGGAUCAGGCAUGGAUAUUAGAAGCAAAGCAAGGACACUUGUUGGUCCGGUGGAUGAUCCGAAGAAGCUACCAAAAUGGAACAAUGAUGGGCCCAUCACAGGGCAAGCCCCUCGGGAAGACAGUGAAGUUAUUUUAUACCCUCAAGCCAUUUUCAAGGAUCCGUUUAGGAGGGGCAACAACACAUUGGUACAUUUUCAGGAAUUUCUAUAUACAUAAAUUAGUAUACUGUAAAAUGUAAAACGGGCGGGUAACAGGUUAUACCGGGUUCAGGUCAGAAGAGUUUUGGCCAAACUGGGUAUGGGUCCAAGUCAGAACAGAUUCUGACCAAAUUGACUAACACAUAAAUUAUACAUGGUCCGGUCGGAUCGGGUCAGACGAGGUAACGGGUCAUACCGAGUUCAAGUCAGAAUGCGUUAUGGGAAAACUAGGUACGGGUCGGGGUAAGGGGUCGUACUAGGUUCGGGUCAUAAUGGGAUCUGACCAAACUGGGUAAAGGGUCAAAACUGAUAUGUAACGUCUAAAUGAAGGUUACAAAUAGUAUAGUUUAUUGAAACAGAAUUUGUUAUGAAAUUUUACCCAAAAAAAACUCAAUUUUCAAAAGUUUAGGUUGUUAAGAAGCAAUGUGUCUUUUUUUUUUUUUUUUUUUUUUUUUUGUAGAAGGGACUCAAUUUACUUAAGGAAAACUUUUGCCAACUCAAGGAUAUGCAACUUCAAAGCGACUCGACUAUCUUCAUUGUAUUUCUACUGUCAUUAAUUUAUAUAAUAUGUCAUUUUGUUUCUAUUUUGUUUUAUAUAUUCACUGAUCAUUUUAUCUCAUGCUUUCUUUUUGGAACAAAACUUAUUAAUUUUACAUUGAUGAAAUUGUAGAUUUUGUAUGAUUUUGAAAUACCAUAAAGCCAAAGAAAGAUUACCGAAUGUUAAUUAAUAUAUCUACAUCUAUUCUGUAUUAUAAGGAGGACCAAAAAGUAAUUAUACAUAAUUUUAUGAGUUUUAAGUAAUUACAACUUUUAAAACAUAUGGUCCAAUCCUCUAAAACAUAUUGUUGACUUUUAAACCAACUUCCCUCAUGAUGUUUAAAUGGCAAUAACUUUUUCAUAUGUUAAUUUUUUUUGAAUUACACCAUAAAAACGAGCAUUUCAUUCUCUUUAGUUGAGUUUGGUAUUGCUAUAGUUCUAUAUAUAUUUUUUUUUAAAUUAGCAUGUUAUGUGUGAUUACCGGUGCUUGGGUGCAAGUGAGCUGAGCGGCUCGCAAGCUGCUCGAGAUCGGCUCGAGAAAAAGCUCUAAACGAGGCAAGUCUUAUGGAGCCCGAGCCGAGCUUGAGCCUUAAAUCCAUAUACUCGGAUCCCGUGUCAAAUCCAUUCAAUCUUUUGUACAUUUUUUUUCAUAAUGUUUGUUAAACAUGAAUGAUUAUCCACUUAUAAGAAAUCAUAUAAAAAAAUUCUUUUACAAAUAUAAUUUUUUUAAAACAAUCUAUAACCCGUGAAGCUCACGGGUAUAUAACCUAGUAUAUGUAUAUUCAAAAUCUUGAUUGGCACUUUUAGUAAAGGUUUAUG